AUGAAAAUGCAGGAAAACUCUAUCGAGAUAGAGGAAAGAAUUGAACUUGCAAUUUCAAAGAAGAACUUUUGCAAUCGAGAGGUUGUCGAGCAUAGAUUGUCUCUAUUUCAGGUUCAAGUUCUUAGUCAAUUGACCAACGACUCUUUCAAUAAAACCAGUGCCGCCUCCCACCAGCAGCUUGAGCCGUUGGGAGGUUUUAUUCCACCUUUGGUUCAACCCUUGGUUCGACCCUCUGGAGUUUCCAGCAACCGGGUUGCUGUGGGAGGCGAAAAACAGGCCUCCAACCGUCAAAAAGGGGAGGGGAAGGCAGAGACGGAGCUGAGAGAGCAAACGAAUACGGGUCUCGGAUGGGGCAGUUCCAGCCCUGUUGUACCCAGCGAGUUGCCGGUUGACAAAGCUGCCAUCCGCACUGGCAGCCGCCAGCUGGGCAGUUGGCCAGCCCGCCCUGCUGUGAAUGUUUACUCUGUUGAUUCGGGUGUUGUUGUCUGCUCUUGUCUGCUGUUGUCUGCUGUUGUCUUGUCUACUGUUUCGACGUUGCUGCUGCUGCUGCUUACCUAA